UUAGGCCCACAUUUUGAGCUCUCCUCAUUCCAGUGUUCCUAGCAUAGUCAUGGAUCAACCUUCAUUGGCUGAAAAGGCUCACAAUGAGGCAGACACCAACAAUUUGGAUAUGUUAUCUCACCCUGAUUCACCAACCUCAUAUCACAGGCCAAGGCAUAGCAGAGUACACCGCCAUCACGGUGCGUCCCACCACCAUGGUGGGUCCCACCAUCACAGUGAGUCCCACCAUCAUGGUGGGUCCCACCAUCAUAGCACAUCCCGUCACCACAGUGAGUCCGACCAUCAUGGAGUAUCCCACCAUCAUGGUAGAUCUCACCACCUUGGUAAAUUCCAAGACUUUCAUGACAAUACCCCCUCCCACCAUUCCCUUCACUCCCACCAUUCCCACCACUCCCACCACUCUCACCACCAUGGUGAAGCCCACCAUCAUGGCAGAGCCUACAACCACACAUCCCUUGCACUGGCUCCUUCUCAAAGCACUAUCUACUCCCAUCAUUCCCUUGGUGAGGGCCCCUUUGAUAGUGAGUACCACCAUGGUAGCAGAAGACAUCAUGGUAGGCCCCACCACCAUGGUGAGCCCCACCACCAAGGGGGGUCCCACUACCACAGGGGGUCCUACCACCAUGGUGAGCCCUACCACCAUGGAAGGUCCCAUCACCGUGGUGAGUCCUACCACCAUGGUGGGUCUCACCACCAUAGGGAACCACACCACCAUGCUAGGCCCCACCACCACAGUGAGGUUUCUCACCAUAGUGGGCUCCAUUACCAAGGUGAGCCUUACUAUCAUAAAGAUUCCUACACGUAUGGUGGCUCUCACCAUCAUGGUGAGUCCUAUCACCAUGGCAGGCACCAUCACCAUGAAGCCCACCACCACAGAGGGCCUCUUCAUCAUGGUGAGACCUCUUCCCACCAUUCCUAUGUGGACUCCUAUCAUGAUCAGUUGAUACCUCACUACUCUGAUAAAUACAGCCACCACCACCGUGGCCACCACGGUGAACACCACCAUGGCCACCAUGGCCACCAUGAUGAACAUCAUCACAGGGAGUAUCACCAUAGUGUGCAUCGUUAUGAUUAUCUCCAUGACGAUCACCACUACAGGGAGUACUAUCAUGGAAGCUCCCACAGCUUGGGCCCAUACAAGUCUCACAGUGUGGCCAGAGCUGUCCUUGGCCCUUCCCGCUCUUAUUCAGCAAUUCUCCGACCUAGCAUAGCACGGGUACAGCACUCAGCCUUUAGCUUGACUCGUUCCCACAGUUCUGUGCGCUCACAUGCAUCCCAGACGUUCAGCAAAGUCCAUCCUCGGGAUUCCUCCACUAAAACUUCCUCGGAAAGCUGGACAGAAGAAGAUGAGCAAUUUCAGAAGCGCAAAACUGCCAGAGCUCAGCGGGCCCACAAGAGGCUGCACACCAUGGACCUCUUCAGCAGAUUGUGGGAAAAUUUAAGCUACCUCAUUCAGGACUUCCGGAGAAUGCUUAGGAAACUGACUCAGUCCCUGCCCUUUGAAGCCUUCAUCUUCCUUGUUGUCUGCCUCAACACCAUCAUGCUUGUGGCCCAGACCUUUGCUGAAGUCGAGAUCCGGGGCGAGUGGUACUUCAUGGCCUUCGACUCCAUCUUCCUCUGCAUCUACGUGGUGGAAGCUGCCCUCAAGAUCACUGCCCUGGGCUUCAAGUAUUUUUCUGACCCUUGGAACAACCUCGACUUCUUCAUCAUGAUCAUGGCCAUGCUGGACUUCCUGCUCUUUCAGUACAACUCCUUCUCCUUCGUCUACCACCAAAGCGUCUUCCGGAUCUUCAAGGUUUUCAAGAGCUUGCGGGCCCUGAGGGCCGUCCGGGUCCUGCGGAGGCUCAGCUUCUUGACCAGCCUCCAGGAAGUGACCGGGACUCUGGUGCGGUCCCUGCCAUCCAUCACGGCCAUCCUGAUCCUCAUGUUCACCUGCCUCUUCCUCUUCUCUGUGGUCCUCCGGGCUCUGUUCCGUCACUCCGACCCCAAGCGCUUCCGGAGCAUUCUGUCUACCAUCUUCACACUCUUCACCAUGCUCACCCUGGACGACUGGUCCCUCAUCUACCUGGACAGCCGCGCCCAGGGUGCCUGGUACAUCGUCCCCAUUCUCAUGAUUUACAUCAUCAUCCAGUACUUCAUCUUCCUCAACCUGGUGAUUGCAGUCCUGGUGGAUAACUUCCAGAUGGCUCUGCUUCAGGGCUUGGAGAAACUGAAGCAGGAGAGGGCCGCCUGGAUCCGUGAGAAGAUCCUGGACGACUCACUGACAGAACUCAGCAGAUCAGACCCUGAAGAGAUGGUGAGUGAACACACCAGACAGAAGCAGCUCAUUGAGAAAAAAUUUGGGACCAUGACUGAGAAGCAGCAGGAGCUCCUGUUCCACUUCCUGCAGCUGGUGGCUGGGGUAGAGCAUCAUCAACAGAAAUUCCGCUCCCAGGCGUCCGUUCUUGAUGAGAUUGUGGACACUGCAUUCGAGGCUGGAGAAGAGGACUUCAGGAAGUGACUCCUGGACGGAGAGAGACACUGGCUGUGGAUUUCAGCCUCCGACAAGCUGCCCACUGCCUUGGGUCCGGACAAGUCCCCUGCUAUGCUGGAAUGAUCGUCGGGCUUGCAGGGCUGGUCCUAACAGAGUUUUUA